AUGUCGAUUCCGUUCGAUCCGCCGCGGGUGGCGUACGUCGCCUCAGGCGAGCUGAUCGAGUAUGCGGACCUGUUACCUUCCAACCAGGGUCGGUCGUCUCUCGUCCAUUCGCUAGCGUAUCACCUUGAUCUCCUUGACCUCGGCGGGCUGGAGAAGGACGAUCGAGGUAUCGGAACGUCGUCUGAGAGGAAUCAUCUACUUCGUGCUGUUGCAGCUGACGGGUCCGUCGAGGCCUCCGUAGACACGCGCAGAAGACGCGCAACAGUCUACCUGCCUCACGCUGCUACGCAUCAGCAGCUCACGAGCUACCACGAAGAUUCUUUCGUCAAGCAGCUUAGCAAGGGAGCCGAUGCUGGCGAUCUCGAGCAUUCGCAUCCGAAGCGACGUAAGUUGGACGCAGAGGAUCAUCCGGACAACAGAACAUCAUCCGAACCGGAAGUAUCCGAUACAUCUUCCCACGCCUCCGACAGCUCGGAAGAAUUGCACCUUCGACCCUCCUCUUCUGUCUCGGGAACCCGCCGGAAGCGUGGCUAUAAGCGACCUCGCCCGGAGAAGAAUCAGUUCGGACUUCAAGACGACUGUCCAGCAUUCGAAGGUCUGCAGCAGCACGUAUCGCUGGUUGCCGGUGCAGCCAUUACAGCCGCCGAGCUUUUGGCCAAAGGUCAAGCCGAUAUCGCGAUAGCGUGGGAUGGAGGUAGGCAUCACGCCAAGAAGAAUUCGGCAUCCGGGUUCUGCUACGUCAACGAUGUCGUGCUUGCCAUAUUGUCGUUGCGGAAGCCUCGCAAAGUGACAGUCACCGCCACCGUCCCUCGCGACAACUCAAUUGGCGACGAUCAGAAAAAGGCCGAGGGAGAAACGAUCCGCAAGACGAUCAUCAAACGCGUCGACCGAGUCCUCUACCUUGACCUCGAUCUGCACUGGGGCGAUGGAGUCGAAGAAGCAUUCCACUCCAGUCCAAAUGUUCUCACCCUCAGCAUCCAUCACUAUGCACCUGGAUUCUUUCCUUGCUAUGCAGCCUCCUCCGAUCCGAACCGGUUCACUCCACCCGGAUCGCUCAAGAGCGACACGGGAGCCGGAAGCAAGACGCUCAACAUUCCACUUGGUAUCGGCGCUUCCGACGCUAGUCUAGAGAGAAUCAUGAGCGGCACAGUUCAGCCCUUGGUGGAUGCUUGGGAUCCCGAAAUGAUCGUGGUGCAGUGUGGAGUAGACGGACUGGCGGGCGAUCCGAUGGCAAUGUGGAACUUGUCAGCUGCUGCGUACGUCGAGGCAGUUCAGAGAGUGCUGAGCUGGAACAAGCCAACGCUUCUUCUGGGCGGAGGCGGCUACAACAGCGAAAAUGCAGCAAGGUGCUGGAGCCUCUUGACCGCGGUAUGUCUGGGAAGGUUCGAAGAGGCAAGUCACAACAAACGACUGCGAAAACAUGUUUCGUCCUCGCUGGAUGAACCACUGCCGUUGACGGAGCAGAAGCAGUCUGAAGCGGACGGCACGUCAGAGGUCAACAAGGAGGAGGUUGCAUCGACAUCACUGGACCAAAUAUCCUACAAGACGCCGAUACCCGACCACAAGUUUUGGCCCAACUACGACCCAACAUACACACUCGACGUUCCAGCUGGCGAAAUGAUCGAUCAGAACGACGAAGCUCACUUCGAGGCCAUCUCCAAGACGUUCACAGAGCACAUCAAGACGGCAACACCCACCCAGUGA